GUUGGAUAUCCGGCUUUCUUUCUUCGCUUACGACAGUACCACGGACGAAUUUCUCAUCACACCCGACUGCGCUUACCCCGGGGGCGUCCAGCCCUAUGUAUUCACCGCGGCUGGCGGGGUGCAAGUGUUAACAAACACGUCCGCGUCCACGAACGUGAACAACCCCUACAGCGACCGGAUCCAG